AUGUCGUCAUCAUCUCAGUUUGAAAAAGUAUUGCCCAAUGAAUUGAUAUUAUUGAUAUUUGAAUAUUUAAAUGCUUAUGAUUUAUUUAAAUCCUUCUACAAUCUGAAUAGAAGAUUUAAUAAUUUAAUUCAUUCUAUACCUUUAUAUCAUAUCGAUUUGAAUAAUAUUGAACGAAAAGCAACAUUAGAUUAUUAUCAGCAUUCAGUUAUACCAAAAAUUCAAUAUCAACAAAAUGAACCAGCAAUUGUUUUUGAUAUGAAUGAUGAUAGAUGCCAUUGUAUGAGAAUUCUCAAUCAAUUAAAACUAAUGAAUUUAAUAUCAUUAAGAAUAAAAAACUUGAAUGCAGAGAAUGGCAUUUAUUUAUUAUCAAUGUUACCAAUGUUUAAACAACUAACGUUCUUAUGCAUUCAAUCAAAAGUUGAUUUAAAUUUAAAACAAUUUUUACAAAUAAUUACCAUGACUUCAUUAAAACAAUUUCAACUUUUGUUUUCUAAUUAUUAUUAUCCUUCAUAUGAAUCAAUAGAAUCACAAAUAACAUUAUCAAAUAUUGAAUAUUUAUGUAUCUAUAGAUAUUUUCGAAUUACACAACUUCAAGAAUUACUUCGAUAUUUACCAAAAUUAAAAAAAUUGUUUAUAUAUAUUAGAUCUAGUGGUUAUUCAACGUCUGUUAAUAAUAAUCUUCAUCAAUUUGUACCAAAUUUAAACGAUUUACAAUUAUUUGUACAAGAAUUAGACUUUGAUGAAUUACAAUUAUUACUACAUCCAUUAUCUCAACAAUUAAAGCGUUUAGCAAUAUCUUGUUGGUCAUACCAAUAUAGCGAUGGUCAAAAAUGGGAAAAUUUUUUAAAAUCAUUUUUAUUAUUAAAGCAUUUUCAUUUGGAUAUCACUUUAUCCACACUACCAUCAUAUACAAUCAAUAUGAAACAAAUAUUAUCAAAAUUUGAAACAAAAUUUUUUUUUGAUUCUCAUUGGUAUUUUGCAAUUGAUUAUAAUCCAAAAGCUGACAUAAAAUUUGUUCUCUAUUCCUUACCAUGGCCUAUUAAAUAUUUUCAUACAAUCCUAUAUAAUAUAGAAACAUUCUCAACAAUAACAAGAAUGGAUCCCAAUUAUUCGACAAAAAAUGUUCAAAACUUAUAUAUCCAAUUAUAUAAUCAAGUAUCGAAUUCAACAACCAUGGUUAAUAAAAAUGAUGGACAACGUUAUUAUUCGAAUGUUGAAUCAUUAAUUUUAAUUAAUCGUUUAUCAAAUGAUAUUGAUCAAUCAUCUAAAAUUAUUGAUGAUUUAUGUCAUACAAUCGAUUUAACAAAAAUAAAAUCAUUAAAAUUUGAUGACUUUGAUCAUUUACAAUCACCAGCUAUUAUUAAUAUCAUGAAUUUUAUACCUAAUUUAUUAGAAUUGAAAAUUAAUUUCAAAAUCUAUUUACAACAUCAAGAUUUAAUAUCAAGAAUAUCCACAAUUCAAACAUUAAUACUUUAUUUGUAUUUGAAUUUAGUUACUGAAGAUAUAUUAACAAAUUGUUUUUCACUAUUAUCAAAAAAUAUUAAAAAUUUAACAUGUAUAACAAAUGGACAAACUGAAAUAUUGACUCUAUUAAAAAUUUUAUAUCAAUUCAAAUUUUUAAAUAUAGAAAAGUUAUUAUUAAAAAUCAAUACUACAACAUUUACACAUACAUUUACAAAUGAAUUUAUUCAAUCUAUAGAUCGUUUUAUGACGAAAAUGUUUUUAGAUGAUAAAUAUGAUUUUAUGUAUAAAAUCAACGAUAAAAAACAAUUAGUUUUAUUGUUUUAA